AUGGCCUCAGACCUGAAGCAGGGCCGCCGGCGCGCGGCGUCGUCGGCCUCACAACGCAAUGGCCGCUCAUCCUCAGCAGCGGCCAAGGCCAUCGAGCCAAAGUCAAGCCACACCGCGGACGAGUUCCUGCGAGACUUUCUUAACCCGUCAUUCGACCCGGCAGCGUAUCUCAACGCAACACUGCCGCCCUUGGCGCAGAAGCCCGUCGCCGCCUCGGGAGGCUCCGAGGCCGUGCCCCUGUCAGAGCUGUCGGCGCAGGCGCAGACGCUGCUCUCUCAGCUCAACGCGCAGACGACGAGGCUGUCCAACACGCUCACGCAGCUGACCGACGAUAUCCUGAGGAGCGGCAGCAGGCUGGCCUACGAGGUGGAGCUGCUGCGGGGAGAGACCCUGACCCUGUCGGAGACGAUGAACGAGACCCUGCAGGAGGACAUCAAGAAGUUUGUCCCCGGCGGGCUGCCACCACAGGACAGCGCCGCGAAGGCGACCAACGGAGAGGACGAUCACGCCACGGCACCAUCUGGAGGCUCGGCCACCGUCGGCGACGCUGAAGACCCCGAGUACAUCAAGCAGCUGCAGACACUGACGCUGGUGCGGGCACGUCUCGAGUCCGUUAUCAAGACAUUCGGCGACGCCAUGGACUUUUCCUUCCCGCCGUCCGAGGUGUCGGUCAGCUCGGGUUUCCUCUCCGUGUCGGCGCCGGAACCGGGCUCAGAGCAGCAGAGCUCCGAGGAAAAGGGACAGCAGGUGCUCCGGGGCCUGCGCGACGAGAUCACCAACCUGCUGCACCGCAGCGACGACCCCGUGCAGGGCAUCGAGCGGGCGGCGACGCGGAUCGAGGAGCUCAAGGAGCUGACGACGGUGUGGCGCGGCACCGCCGAGGAGAAGGGCCGCAGCAAGUUCAUCGAGAGCCUCGCCAAGAUGGUCGAGGACAGGCACCGCGAGCUGGUCAGGGAUAUGGAGCAGGCGGCGAGGCGCGAGGGCAGGGCGGCGCAGGAGACGGCCUCGGCGAAGCGCGCUGCCGGUGGAGGGGAGGACUCGAAGGCGUUGCCGGGCGGCUUUGGCCUUAUAAGCCAGUUACAGAAGCUGAGAAGUGGCUUAUAA